GGCUGCACCAUGAGCCGCCUCCCAGAGGCUCGCCGUCGCCGCUGCCGCCGCUGCUCUCGCCGUCGCCGCCGCCUCCUCCAGCCGCCCCAGCGCCAGCGCCAGCCCGCGGCUUGAGCCCAGGCCGAGCGGCGGCCGAGGGGGGGAAGGAGGAGGAGGGAGCCCCCCGAUCCCCUCCCCGAUCCCCCCCCUCGACCGACGCCGCGGGGGGAGGCGCGGGGGGGGACCCAGCCCCAGCCGACGGACCCAGGCCGGCCCGCUCCCCGGCGCCCCCUCCCCAUGGAUAGGAACUACCCCAGCACCGGCUUCGGGGAUCCGCUGGGCGCCGGCCCGGGAUGGAGCUACGAGCGCUCGGCCAAGGCCAGCUUGGUGUACGGCGGAUCCCGGAGCUCACACCCAGACACAGAUAUUUUGCAUCGUCAAGCAUACGCCACCCCCCAUCCUCUCCAGGGCUACGCCACAAACCACCACCCGGCAGGUCUCUCUGGCCUGUUCGAGACAGGGCUCCAUCAUCCCAGCAGUGCCACACCGGACGCCUCUGUCAUGAACCUCAUCUCGGCAUUGGAGUCACGGGCACCACAGCCAGGCCCUUCUGCCUCCUCUCUCCUCUCCCAGUUCCGUACUCCAUCCUGGCAAACAGCCAUGCACACUCCAGCCCCUGCCGAGCUCUUCAUCUCGGGGGCCCUCCCAGGCUCUGGCACCUUCCCCUCAUCAUCGGCGCUCUCUGCAUACCAGCACCCAGCCUCCUUUAGUGGGCGCAGCUUCCCAGUCACCUCUUCGCUCACGCUGCAGGACGCAACCUUCAGUCCAACCUCCAAUGGCCUCCUGUCCCCCCAUGACCCUCUGCUCCACAUCAAGUCCUCUCAGCCCAGUGUCCCUUCAUCCCUCAGCUUUGACCGGCUGGGCAGCGCAGUGCUGGGCACAGGCUUACCCUCUCAGAGCUCCGCCUACCGCAGUGCCCAAGAGUCAGCUUCCCGCCAUCUCCCCUCCCAGUUCAACCUCCUGUCGUCCUCACUGGGGCCAUCCGACCAGACAUCCCAGCUCUACAACACCUCCGUCUUUUCCAGUUCACCUGCCUCCUCCAUUGAGCGGGCCAUCCCCCGGCAGGACAGCGUCAUCAAACAUUACCAGCGGCCCUCGAGUGCCCAGCCCCAGCUGCCGGCCGCCCAUUCCCUCCAGCAUUACUUGAGCUGUGGGGGCAGCUACCAGCAGAUGCCCCAUCGGUCCAGUCUUUCUUGCAGCCCCUUGGGCGAACAGUCCCCUGCCAGCAGUGAAGGUUCCCAACAGCAGAAAACCCCCCAGGCCACACGGCAGGAGCCCUCCCAAAGCUACCGUCCUAUCAUUCAGUCCCCCGGCUAUUCCAGCACAGCUUCCUCUUCAAAAUCCAAGAGCUACUCAGCUUCCCGCCAGCCGCCCCGUUCCACAGCCACGCCCAAGUGCCAAAGCAACUACAGCUCAUCCACGCCCAAGCCCAGCUCUGUCAUUGCAAGCCAGUCACAGGCCUAUUCGCCGGGGCAGCCCCAGAGUCUGCUUUCCAUGAGCCAAACACAGAGCUACUCGGUCAGCCAGCCACAGAACCUGUCUUCGGUCAGCCAGGCCUCACAAGGCUUCAGCAGUAGCCAGGCCCAGGACCUUACGAGCGUGAGCAAGGCUCAGAGUUACUCAACAGCAGGUCAGGCCCAACAAGGCCAGGCCCAACAAGGUGGGCAAGGGCUGCAGACAUGUCAGAAUCAGACUUACUCUCCCGAGCAGCUGCAGGGCUUGUCCUCCGUUGGGUACAGUGUCCAGGCUGAGCCCCAUGUUUCUGUGAGCCAGACGCCGAAUUAUGUACCAGCUCAUUCACAGGGGAUGCCCACAGCCAGCCCAUCGCUGAGUUACAGCACAGGCCAUUCGCCAGCUAUGCCGGGGCACAGCCAAUCCAUUGGCUAUUCGCACAGCCAGAACCUUCCAGACUCGAGCCCUUCCCAGAUCAUUCGGCCACUCCAAUCGCCCACGACUAAUCGUCCCCAGAGCGUGGCGUCACCUGGCCAGUCUCAGAAAUAUCUGACCUCUGUGUUGUCGCCUUCCUUCAUGCAGACCGCUCACACCCAGAGCUACCAGAGUUCCCAAGGAGGAUUAGAGAGAGCAGCAUCUUACGGCAAAACCAAGGCUGACUCGGACCUGCUGUCAUCCGAGCGGACGGAAGAUGAGGAAUUCUUGAUCCAACACCUACUGCAAUCGCAGAGCCCGCCGAGGGUACCCACCGAGGGCAUGGUGGAGUGUGAAGAGAGGGCUGGGAAAGGGAUGGGGUAUGAGCUGAGCAAGACCGAGGAGCGUUAUCACCUGCAGAGUGUUAUCCGGACCAACUCGAAUUUAGACAACCAAGGCCUUGAGAUGUCCUUGCAGAGCCUGAAGGACAAGAAGAAAGGGGAGAGGCCCAAGGAGUACCCACACACACGUUCAACGCCAGAGUCCUUAGCCACCUCUGUUGUCCAUUACAGCCAUCAAGCUGGCUCCAUGGACUCCUACGGGCAAGACAUAAAGAAGUCAGUGGAGCAGCACCUCCAGGGUGGCCACAUGGACACAGGCAGCAAGGAGAUAUCCCAAGCGCAUUCGUAUUUACAGAAGACUCCUGAGCAUGCCCCUCAGCCACACCCCAUGGAGCCCCAUGGGUUGAUGCCUGGGCAGCAAGGGGCCACAUUGAUGCUGGACUCUCCUCCUGACCUACCCCCCCUUGCCCUUUCGCAGCAGCAGCAACAGCAGCAGCAAUCCCAGCUGCUCCAGUCGGUGCUCACUCACACUCAGAGCCAGCUGCACCCUCGCGGGAAGGUCCGCACCCCGCUGGAUGUCCACUUGAUGGAGCCUCAGCGCAUGCAUCAGGCUGAAGCUCCAUCGCCACAACUUCAGAUGCAUUCUUUGGAAGCCCACCUGCACCAAGCCCAUGUGCGCUCCCAGAGCAUGGAAGCACAGCUGCUUGAGCCACAGCAGUCACCGCAACUCCAGGGCCAGCUGCAGUCAGAAAGAAUGCAAUCUGAGGGCAUGGAGGUGAUGCCCCAAGGCAACCUCUCCCAGUCGCAGGAGAUCCAGGACUUCUUGGAACCGGAGCUGAGCUUGGAGUCCCACCUGGGACAAGGCGGGGCAGUCCAGACGCAACAGCAUCUCCUUCCGGAUGCCAGCUUGGACCCAGACUCUUCUCAGCAAGUCCCUCAAGGUCAAUUGGAAGGCAAGGACCAGUUUGAAAGCCCCAGCCCACAAGGGGCCAAACAACGUUUUGUGCCCCUUACCUCCAUCUGCUUCCCAGACUCUUUGUUACAGGAUGAAGACCGUAGCUUCUUCCCGGGCAUGGAGGACAUGUUUGGGCCUCCACCUUGUGCUGGGGAUGAGUUUCCAAAGCCGGAUGAUGGCACACAGGGCAUGGAGAGGGGAGAGGGGAUGAAAGGGGGAGGUUAUGACAUGAUGCCAGGAGGCCAAGGGUACCAGAGCUACUGCCCAUCAGAAAGCGGGGAUGGGCAGCAUUUGGGAUUGGAUUCUGUGUCAGUAAAACAUGAGUUGCCCUCGACUGUCAACACAGAACAGCUGGGGCUAAUUCAAUCUGGGCAGCAUGGAACAGCACCGGUUUCUGAAUCCAAGUCGGGUCUGACAUCUCCCAUUUUUUGCUCGUCCAAGCCCAAGAAGCUACUCAAGACCUCAUCCUUCCAUUUGCUCAAGAAACGGGAGCCGCCUUUCCAGCCACCCAAAAAGAACUAUGCCCAGGAGUAUGAGUUUGAAGAUGAUGAGGAUAAGGAGGAUGUUCCGGCUGACAUCCGCCUCAAUAGUCGCCGCCUGCCUGACCUGCUUCCUGACCUCAUUUCCAGCUGCCGGACCAACCGGACCAGCCUCAGCCCUAUGGGUGACAUAGACUUCUGCCCACCUAACAGUGGUCUCAUGGAAGGGCCCAAACGUCGAGGGCGCAAACCUACCAAGCCUAAACGAGAAGGCCCACCUCGCCCUCGUGGGAGACCCCGCAUCCGGCCCCUGACUGAACCGCCCCAUGGUGUGGCUCAUGAUGGAACCAAGAAACCCCGUGGCAGAGGGAGAGGGAGGGGAAAGAAAGCUGGGGAGGAGGGGGUUGAACCAGGACCAGGCUUGGAGUCCCUCAAACCUCUCAAGAUCAAGCUGCCAGUCCCCAAGGGUCUGGAGGCAUCUCGGUUGGAGACUCCCACUCCGUCUCAUCAGCCAACUCAAGAGAGCAGUUUGGACAGUAGCCAGACCCGGGAGAAAAUCAAACAGAAGAUCAAGGAAGUGGAAGAGAAGCAGCCUGAGAUGAAGUCAGGGUUUAUGGCAUCCUUCUUGGACUUCCUCAAGUCGGGCAAACGUCAGACGUUGCCUUCAUCUUCAUCCUCUUCGGCAGCCACAGUGGGGGCUCCUGGGGCGGCAGUUGCAGUGGCCUCCUCUUCAGGCAGCCCCUCCAAGACACCACGUCCCCCAUCAGCUACUUCUUCGUCGUCAUCUUCCCAGCCUCCACCUCCCUUCAGCAUGGCACCCCCGAUGCUGCCGGGGGGCUUGGAUGGGCCCGAAGGGGAUCCAGCUGGACUUGUCAUGAGCUGUACCAGCCCCUGCAAGCGGCUGGAUGAGGAGCUAAAACGUAACCUGGAGACUCUGCCUUCAUUCUCCUCUGAUGAGGAGGACUCAGUCAGCAAGAACCAGGAUCUCCAGAAGAGCAUCUCCUCGGCUAUCUCGGCGCUCUAUGAUCCCACAGACCGCAAGGAGGGGGAACCUAGUGAUGUGCCACCAGUGGAGGAGAAGCCCCCGAGCCCAUCUCCAUCAGUGGAGGCAGAAACGCAACCAGAACUGCCCCCACCACCCAUCUCCCCAGCUCCCUCACCCAAGGAGCCCCCUCCAGUCCCUGAAGAGCCACCAGCUCAAGCAUCCCCCGAGCCCGAGGAUCCAGAGGACACACGGCCCCUUCACCUCGCCAAGAAGCAGGAGACAGCUGCCAUUUGCGGGGAGACGGAUGAAGAGGAGGUGGAGAGUGGUGGGGAGGGAAUCUUCCGAGAGCGAGAUGAGUUUGUCAUACGAGUUGAGGAUGUUCAGGCCCUCAAGCUUGCCCUUCAGACUGGGCGAGAGCCACCCCCCAUCUGGCGAGUACAGAAGGCUUUGCUUCAGAAGUUCACCCCUGAAAUCAAGGAUGGGCAGCGUCAGUUUUGCGCCACCAGCAAUUAUUUGGGCUAUUUUGGUGAUGCCAAGAACCGGUACCAACGGCUGUACGUCAAGUUCCUGGAAAACAUCAACAAGAAGGAUUAUGUUCGUGUCUGCUCCAAGAAGCCUUGGCACCGGCCCCUACAGGCUGUCAGGAGACAGAGCCAACCCAAGGCCUCUGGCCCCAAGGCUCCAGUGACACCCAAAGUGGAGAAACUCGAGAAGCCGGAAGCCCCAGAGAGGGUUGAAAAACCAGACAAGCCCGCCAAGACAGAGAAACCCCCCAAGGCAGAAAAAGCAGACAAAACUGAGAAGCCCCCCAAGGCAGAGAAAGGGCCUAAGCUGGAAAAGCCUCCCAAGGUUGAGAAGCCUGAAAAGCCCCCCAAGGCGGAAAAAGUGGCCAAGGCAGAGAAACCCCCCAAAGUAGAGAAAACCGACCCCCCUGUGCCUGUUCCCCCCAAAGCUGCUCCAGCCAGCGGGACUUCUAAACCCAAACCCAAGCCAGCCAAGGUGAAGGCGGAGCCACCCCCCAAGAAGAGGAAAAAAUGGCUUAAGGAGGCAGCAUCCUCCUCCGAUUCGGAUUCCAGCCCUGACCAGCAGAGCGAGGAAGAGCGUGUGCCGACAGGCCGUAUUUUAAAUACACGAGCCAUGAAGGAGAUGUACCGCAGUUACGUGGAAAUGCUGGUCAGCACUGCCCUUGACCCAGACAUGAUCCAAGCUCUCGAGGAUACCAACGAUGAACUUUAUCUCCCACCCAUGAGGAAGAUUGAUGGGAUAUUGAAUGAUCACAAGAAAAAGGUGCUGAAGAGAGUGUCCCUUAAUCCCUCGCUACAGGAGGCACUCCAUACGUUCCCUCAACUCCACGCCGAAACAUGCGACACCACGGUCAAGUUGCGUCCAAGCGGUGAACCUUACAACCGCAAGACACUCAACAAACUCAAGAAGAAUGUAUCCAAACCGCAGGAAUUCAGCGUGGAAGUGGAGAAGUCCUUUUUCUACACUCUGUACCAUUCCCUUCACCACUACAAGUACCACACCUUUCUGCGUUGUAAGGAUGAGACGACAGCGAUUGAGGGCGAGGAUGAAGACCUGGGCCAAGAGGAGGUGGUGCAACAGUGCAUGCGCAACCAGCCAUGGCUCGAGAAACUGUUUGACUCCUUCAGCGAGUUGCUGACUCAGGCGCAAAGCAAAUGUGCGUGACAUGCGUGCAUGCAGCCGCCCAGAGCCACGCCCCAGGAGGGGCCGCCUAAAACCCACCCCUCUGCAGAGCCAGAGCAGGAAGUGGGGAGAGGAAGGUCGAGGGGUACCAUUGCAGGCAACGAAUUCUGAUUCUGCUCAAUACCACCACCACCCCUGCCCUUUUUUGUUUGUUUUUCCUUUUUUAAAAAAAAGCAGGGACCUGGGAUGGAUCUUCUGUUUUGGUGGUGGGAUGUGGGAUGGUUUGUUAUGGCAGAGAAGGACAUGUGUAGGGAAGGUUCUCAUCAAAUAUUAGAAUGGUUGGAUGCCCUGCCCCCCUUUUCCCUUUUGCCCUGGCUGUACAGAGAAAUAUUAUUUAUAUAUAAAUGUAUAAAUGUCUAAUUUGAGCAGCCUUGCCCCCUCCCUGCUGUGGUGGGGUGAGCAUAGGAGAACCCAUAGGAAGGUCAGAGAGGAGUGGUGAUGUGUGAUUUUUUUUCAAGAGCUGGGAGCUUGGGUCCUGGGUCUCUUGGGUUCUAUGGGUGAACAGUGAGAAAAUAACUAAGGGGAGGAUCCAGGUUCAGGGUUCUAUCUUGCAUCUCUUCCAUCAAGGCCCUUUAAAUUCUCCCAGAGGUGAGUGGAGCAUGGGGGGGGGGGAGAGUGCAGUGACCCCUCCCCUUUAUAUGGUGUCAGCUCUCUCCAUUACCCGCAGUUUGAUCAGGCAAUAUAACCUCUCUUCCCUCCCCCUCCACAAACAACUCAAAUUCCAUCUCUGCCAAAUCCAUUGUUGUUUGGUGUCAGGGGGGGAAAGGCACUUGCCCACAGGCUGACAGCAAUCAUUUUCUACUCUUGCUUCCAACAGAAAAUAUUUAUUGCCAAGUUCUUCCCACCCUUGUCCCAUCAACAGUUUGUUAUAGGGAGCCCUUCUCUCUAGGAUAUCCUUUUUUCUUAUCUUUUUUUUGGGGGGGGGCAGGGCAAUUGCUGCUGGUGGAGCCUGACAUUAGCCACUGUUGUUUGUCUCCGCCCCUCCAGCCUUGGGAUCCUAGCUCUUAGUGACACAUGGAGAAUCUCCCGCCUUUCCUGGUACCCUUCUGACCAGUAAAUUAGGGGAGGAAGCACAGCGAUACCCCAAGCAAACUUGCCUGUACCAAGACUUCCUAGGUGUGCUAUCCCUACCCAAGACUGUCUAAAUUUUUUUCCUGAAUAGCCCAACAUGGGUAAAGCGAGGGUUGAAACAGCAGGUUACAGAUAGGUCCCCUUGCGCCUGUUCAUCUGAUCUCCUUUGAGGGGGGAUGGUGAUUCCCCUCUUUUUAUUAUGGUCUUUAAUAAGGCAGGAUUCUACUCCCCCUCUUCCCCUCAGUUGUAUAUAAUGUAUAGGAUAAAAAGUCUAUGUAUCAUAUUGUAUUUGACUAACUUGAACUUAACGACGCGCAGGACUUUUUCUCUUUCCUCUCUCUAUUUCCUCUCUCACCUGUAGCUGUGACGUUCUUUGGUUUGGACUGAAACUUUUCAUUAGGAGGUUAUUUUUUUAUCGUUGUUGUUGUCGAGGGGGAAAGGAGAUUCUGUGUUGCCUCCUACCCCUUAGCCCUCCUAAGCCAAGAGCCCUCUCUCUUUCUAACCCUGAAAUGCUAAAUUUUUUUUUUAGAUUUAGAGGAAUUAGGUCCAAGCCCAGAAUUCCCGUCUUCAGUUCACAACUCCCUGCCCCCUGCCAUGUCAUUGAACUAGUCCCUACUUCUACAAACCACAUGCACGCAUUAUUUAGCAGCCUGUUUCCAUCUCAGCUCUUUCUUCCUGAGAUCAACCCAUUAAUGUCCCAAACCAAUCCCAUACGGAACACAGCAGAUUCCCACUUCCCAGCCAAUGUCUACCUCAUUCCUUUUCCUGACCUUUUCUCCUUACCGUAAAUUUCCCAGUAGGAUUUCUUCAGACAAGUUCAGCUUUGUUACUUUUCCAAUUCAUUUUCCUCUCCCCCGCCCGGCCUGAGCACACUCUGUUGAUUCCACCCCUCUGCGUUCUUCUCCUGGUUCCCAAUCACAGCUGUCUCAGCUUCAUAAAGAUAUCUCAUUCCUUUCCACGAGGCCAAAUGAACAGGAGUGUAUGAAAGUUCCCCACCACACACACCCCUUUUCAUUUAGGGGAGGGUGCGAAAAGGUACUUGCGGUGGGGGAGGAGAAUCUCACCUCUGAAGGAGUGGUCUUUUUUUCUGUAUCAGGAUUACUUUCAACACAUCUCUGAAGAGCACCAGAAAUGUGUUUGGUGACCCUCAGCCCCCUCCCCAGAAUUUUAGGGAGGGUCCUUUUUAUAUAUGCAUACACACAACUCCCCAUAUCCCUCUAGAUCUCAUUUUCCUCCCCUAACUAUUUAUUGUGGGUGAAUAGAGGUUGGCAAGUGUGUAUGUGAGUAUGUGUGGAAGGUGUGUGUGUGCGUGUGUGAAAUUUGGUGUAUACAAGGCCCUCAAAAUGGAGUAUUUUAAGGGGGAAGGGAGGGUUGACUGGAAUUCCUUUUGGAUGUUUUAGAGCUUGCAAUUAGUUUUUAACCGCUUUCCCUACAAACCUGGCUACUGGUUGCUUUUGGGCCUUAUAGUGGGAGAGUACUGUAGCUUGAACCUAUACAUCAGGGUGGGGUUAGUUUGAAGACAAGGGGUUUGGGAAACGAGGGGUUGGGGGGAGUGUUUCACAGUACAGGGUUAAUUUUUGAGGGACACAAGAACCAUUACACCUUAUGGGACAACAGGUCUGUACCAUCAAUUCUAUAUGAAACCUUAAAUAAGCAUUGCCCCUGGGUUGGGAGGGGCAGGGUGGCCAAAUCCCCAAGUUCUCAGAAUUUGAGGGGCCCAGCUUCAAGUUAAUAAAAACACACACACACACACCUGCUUCCUGUGACAGGGAAAAAAAAGACUCUUCUCUCCUUCUCCCCUCUAUUUGGAUCUUGGAAGGCCCCCUUUUUUACGACGUGUAUUUCUGUGUAUCUUGUUCGCGCCUCAAGGGUAUUGUUCUGAGAUAUGGGAUUUGUGUUCUGUAUUAUUGGAUGUUCCUAUAUAUUUUUAUUGUUUAUUAUUAGUGUCUGAGACGUUUUUUUCUCUCAAUAUGUAAAACUCACAUUGUAUACUGUGUACACAACAAAAUGACAAAAAACACUUU